AAGCCUGGUCUUAUUGUGGUGCAACCUCAGCGGGGUAGCUACAGAAUCAGAAAUCGAAAUCAUAUUUCCACCGCUAAAUGUUUCCUCUGUAACAUUGCCCCUCCCCGGGGCCUCUUUCGCUGACAAACAUCUUUAGUUUAAUCUAUGCGUUGUCACAUUUAACCCUUUCACCUCAAGCAGUGCAGUCAGCAUUUUUUUAAAUAACAGAAGACAUGAGAAAGGCUUCCCCACAACAUGCCUACAACCUCCUCGAAAACUAAAAGCACAAAUAAUAUUUGGACACUGACAAAAAUGCAGAAUGUGGCCGAAGUGCUAUCGAUUUUUUGUGGUGGAUGAAAGGUUUGAAACCCGUCGUCGAGGAAAGUUGCAAAUCUCUUGACAGGAAAUGAGACGUCCCCGACCACACACUUAACCAUCCGGACCAGGUCACAAAAGACUCUACCGCUAUGAGCAACAAACAUCGACUAGCCAGACAAACAGACAGAAGAGAGAACAAAGGAUGCAUGCAUAUCUCUUAGCAAUACUCCUGCUUCAUCACAUUCUAACAGGUGUGAUGGGCGUGAGCCAACCCGAGACCCGAGUGUACGGCAACGUCGAUGGCAACGUCACCCUACCCUGCGGCCACAGCAACCCUCUCCCACAAUGCUCCUGGAUGUUCUGUGAGAGCAACUGCAAGCAGCAUCAUCUGCAGGUGAAAGACGGGGAGGUCCAGCAGGACACGCAGCAGUCCAAUCGCACCUCGGUCGGCUCCAACUGCUCGCUCCGCCUCAGCCGCCUUCAGCCCGGAGACGCGGGGAUGUACUUUUGCUAUCCUGACGGCCGUGAACGCAAGGCUGUUGUGAACGUAUACCUCUCCCUGCUCACCGUGUCCACCACCAGCCCACUGAGCCAGCUGAAGCCUGGCGGGAGGCUGGCCCUGAACUGCUUGCUUCACACCUACCACGACCCCUGGAACUGUCUCUCUCACAACAAAAACAGCUCCUUCCUCUUGAGCUGGGGGCUGGGCCACCAUGGCUCCACCCUGCCAGACCACCCCAGGUUUGAGUCCCAGGCCGCCCGCUGUAACGUCACCCUGUUUGUGACCCUACCCGAGGAGGAUGAGGGGGCGGGGCUUAACAUGAGCUGGCGCUGUCAGGUGACCAGCCUUACAGGAAGCGAAGUGGUAGAGAGCUUCCUGGACGUGAAGGCCGUCUUCUUCCUUCACAACCCCGUGCCGGACAGCACCAGGAAGGGGGUGGGCGGUGGGCUGCAGGGAGCGGGGCCCUGCGUGUGGACGUGGGACCACCUGGUCCCUGCCGGCCGCAUGGUGCUGUUCUGCAUGGCUCAGUUAGCCGUGGUGGGCGCCGCCGUUCACCUCGGUUGUAGGCGGUACCGCGGGCGGUGCUCACCGCGGGUCCGCGCUGGUGUGUAGGUUUCUCUCAGCCUCUUUCUACGUGUCCUCUCUGAGAAGAACCUUCUGACACCAUCAGGAUUUACCGUGAGCUUUAUUCAUCCAUCUAAUGUAGGCUAAUUAUCUCCAUCUAUCCAUCCAUCCAUCCAUCCAUCCAUCCAUCCAUCCAUCUAUCCAUCUAUCCAUCCAUCCAUCCAUCCAUCCAUCCAUCCAUCCAUCCAUCCAUCCAUCCAUCCAUCCAUCCAUCCAUCUCUCUAUCUCUCUAUCUCUCUAUUGUCCAUUUGUCUUCCAGGAACUAAGUGGGGGUUGAUUAAGCAUGUUGUAAUUCUUAUUCAAAUUAAAAAAAUAUUCGACCAGAGAUUAUCAUCAA